UAGCAUAAUACAUCCGUACCUUCUGCACGUGCUACUUUACACACACGUUUGUACAUAGCUCCGGUUGCUCCAUUGCUGCUUAGCCCUCUGUUCCUCAAUUCCAAUGUUAUGCAGCAAAAUAUAUGUGUGCAUCUUCGGUGCGGACAGUCAAGAGGGGGAGGCUAACCAAAUCUUUGCUAGCAUCUUCCAGUGCUGUUCUAAAAAUGCAAUAUCGUUCUCCCUAUUGAGUCUCUCCACAGGAAUGUAUCAGCAAACAGACGCAAUGACUUCACCAACAGAGAAAAUCGUGCUGAAAAGCACCUCAACAGUUUCCCUCAACGAUCGCUUCACGACCUUGCUGAACAACAAGCAGCUGGAGCCAGUGGCUGUACGAGUCAACAUGCAGCAGCAGCAAGUGGCCAGUGUCCGCAACAGGAGACUGGCUCUGCAGAUGGAGAACAGGACCUCUGUGCAGGCUGCCCUGCAGCCCAAGAGCCUGAAGCAGCGCCUGGGGAAGGGCGACGUCCUGGCAAGGCUAGGUCGGCCCAUGGGGACCCUGAUGCGGGGGGCCACCAGAAGCCAAGGGUUUGCUCUAAGGGAACUGCGAGGGAUGAAUCGAGGUUUCAGAGUGUGUGGAAACGACAGAAGGGGCUUUUUCAGAGGUGUGAAUCAGAUGCGUGCCCGGGGAGGGGUGACUAAGCUUAGGUUUCGUCAGGGCUUGAGGCUGCAAGGUGGCCAGCUGAACAAUGCUGGAGUGCUGGUUAGCUGCGGAGCCAGGAAUGGACUGGGCCUGAGAGGAAGAGGCAGAGGAGCGGGUCUGGGCCUGCGGGGCCGGGGAGGGUUCCGGGGCCGAGGCAUGGGCAAACCUAAAAAAAUCCCCACCAAAGAGGAGCUGGACAACCAACUAGACAACUACAUGUCAAUGACCAAGAGUCACCUAGACGCAGAGCUGGAUUCCUACAUGGCCAUGGCAGGCUCCGACUACAUGGAUUAGAACCCAGCUGGAAGACGGGUAGGCAGCAUCAAGAAAUGCACUGAGGCUGUCCAGGGGUAAUUCAUUAGUAGAACUGCCCCUCACUGGAAACAGAUGGAUGUGACAACCAGGGUCUCUGGCUUACUCAGAACUAUUGUUAGAAGCACUAUUUGUGAACAAAUAUGUGGUGGUACACACAAGCCCAGAAGCAUGUGUUAUGUGGCUGAAUUGGAGCUCUCUAGAGUCAUACUUUAACUGUUUCACACACUUGAGCUGUUGUUCUUUUCAUCAUUUAUUCAUUUGUAAGCUUAGCUCAGUGCUGAGCAGGGUGGUCUAAAACCUUGCCUAAGAAGUAUGAAGGUCUGUAGGACUUGUCUAAGAAAAUAAUUACUUGUUCAGUAAAAUCACAAGCAAGCUAACCAAUUAUCUUUGCUCAGGUACAUUAUGGGUUUGUCCAAGACACUUCACACUAUAGAUUUCAUGUGUUUGCUACAAUGUUAUGUUACUUUCCCCCAAAAAAUGUUUGGUCAUUUAUUUGUGAAAGACAACGGUAUGUACCUCAGCUAGCCAGGUUUGGCUGCAUUGUAGAUUUAUAUAGAAAUGUUGAAGAUUUAUUUUAGCAGAGAAAUAUUGCUGCCAUAUGAAUUAAGAGGACUAGUUAUCCAACCGGUUCCUGUCAGAGAAUGUUUUUUGAGAAUGAAAGAAUGGUCCAAAUGUUACAAAUAUUCUUAAGUGUUUUGAUAUGUUCAACAUUGUUUUAAUAAAAAUAUUUGAAGGUG